AUGAGCACUCAAGAACAACAGGAGACUUCAAGAGUCACAAGGAAAUCCCUCAAAACACUUCAACAUACGGCUUCAGAUCGAGAAAACUUAGUGGGUAGGCCAUCAAAAAGUUUGAAGCAUCAACUGAGUCAGGAGUCCCCUGUUGAUGUUGAGGUUAAAAGAAAGAAUUUGUCUACCAAAGAAACUCAAGCAAACUUGGAUACAACAAUAACUGUUGAUGAUUUGACAAAUCCUGAAGGUCCAUCAGAAAAAUAUUGGCAACUUCUUGCUGAGAAGCGCCAAGUUGCAUUACAAGAAGCAUUAGAUGAAAAUGAAAAAUUAAGAAAAAUAAUUGAAGAUCUUAAGGAAGAAAACACUCUCUUCAAACAGAUGCUGGACGAGGCUAACAGCUUUGUUGAAGUUAUCAAGGAGGAACUGGCCAAUAACUCUAACAACGACACUGGCAUUGAUGUCAAUGAUGUCAGCACUGCUGAUGAAACAACUGAUGAUGUGGAGACCAAGACUGCCAACCAAUAA